AUGCCUUCAGCCUUUGAGGGCGUGGCCCGAAGUGUGGUGCGGGAACUGGACCGCAAAGGGCAGUUCAUCCCGGUGGACAGCCUGAGGAACGCCACCAGAUUCCAGCCCUACUCCCUGGUAGGCAGGAAGUCCAAUAGAUCCUGGUCCUUCGGAACCCGCUAUGAGUGUGUCAAUCUGUCCAUCCUGGACAUCCUGGAGCCCCCUGGCCUGGAACCAGCUGUGAAGAAAAGCGUGUCCUUCCACCUCCAGGAUGUUGUGGACGGACAAGUACAGGGAAAUGUGGAGCUGGGCGGCCCUGGACAGGGCCGGCUGGCAGGCGGGGCAGCCAUGUCCAACAGCUCCAGCACCUCCAUGGACGUGUGCACUCUACGAGUGGAAACUAGCACCUGGGAGGCCUUGCAACAGGAAAGGCACCUGCGGCAGCCGGAACACAUGGUCCUGAAGCAGCUGCGGAGACGUGGGGACAACGUGUACGUGGUGACGGAAGUGCUGCAGACACAGAAGGAUGUGGAGGUCACCCGCACCCGCAAGCGGGAGGGCUCAGGCCAGUUCUCGCUGCCAGGGGCUGAAUGCGUGCAGGGUGAGGGCAGUGGCCACUCGAGUCGGAAGACAACGGUCACCAUCCCUUCUGGAAGUGUCCUGGCCUUCCAGGUGGCACAACUGGUUAUCGACCCUGAGUGGAGGGUCCUCCUCUUCCCGGACAAGAAGCAGCAAACCUUCCAGCCGAUUCAAGAUGAACAACGUUCUGGCCUCAAGUCCUGGUUUCAGUCCAGCAAACUGGUGUGCGGGUUCGGGCUCGACCACGAUGGCGUGGAGGAAACGAUGUCACUAACCAAGGAGGACUUUGAGGGCCUGCGAGCAGAGGUGGACGCUAAGACCAAGCAGCUGAAGUUCCUGAGCGGCAAGCUUCGCCAGAAGCUCCUGGGGGACCUGAAGAGGCUGCUCCAGGACUCGGAGGCCCUGCAGGACCUGGAGGAGGCGCUGGAGCAGGGUGUGCGCUCCGGACGGUCAGAGCCUCGCCAGGGCGCAGUGGGCGAUGUCCUGGAGUGCCUGGUGCUGCCUUCCCGGGAGCUGGUGUACGAGCUGGCCAUUCCUGUCUCCUUCCUGCUGGAGGCCUUGACCGCUCUGAGCGAAACGCAGCACGUGCUGCUGGUCCAGGCACUGGAGUCCCAGGCGCUGCCGGGGCAGCUUGGGCUGGUGGCGAAUAUCUUGCAGCAGAGCUCCCCGUGGCAGGAGACCAGGGACGUGUCCCUGCCCCCCGAGCUCCUGGGCGAUGACUGGGUCGAGGACAGCCCGGUCUGGAUCCUGCUGGAGGAGUGUGGCCUGGAGCUGCGCGCGCACCCGGCUCAGGUGCGCUGGGAGCCAGAGGCCCAGGGCUGCACAUGCGCGCUGUACGCGGCCCUGGCGCUGCUGCUGUCGCUGAGCCAGGCUCCCCGCUAG